GUAUAACAAAGUCAUCAACCCUGUUUGUUAUCUACUUAAAUUUUUUAAAAUUACAAUGUUUAGAUAAUUAUUAAAUUGACGAUUCUGUUUCAUUCGGGUAAUGUCAAUCGUCAAUCUUAUCUUUUAACUAUAAGCAGUAGUAUAUUCAAACCAUUAUACCUGAAAGAGUUUAUUAAUAUCUUGAUCAACACUGGCAUAACGUAAAAUAUCUGCAAUAAAUUAAUGAUAAACAACUCUACAAGUAAUUAGCAGAAAUUUUAGUAAAAUGAACUUCAAUCAACAAGAUGUGGUGCAUUCAAAUUUAACGUUGCCGUAUUAUGUGCAAGAGUUUAUUGAAACCAAACAUUUUCAACGUUUAAAGAACAUUAAACAGUUGGGUGUAACAAAUGUCAUAUUUAAAACGGCAACCUCAGGAAGAGCUCAACACUGCAUUGGAACUGCUUACUUAUGCAAAUGUCUUCUUGAUACACUUGAAAAAAAUUCAAAAUUUAAAAUUGACGAGCUGCACAAGAAAUGUGUUGUUCUUGCAGGAUUACUACACGACAUUGGCCAUGGACCUUUCUCUCAUCUUUGGGAAGGUGUCGUGAGAGAAGGAAAAUAUAAAACUUGGACUCAUGAACAGCAAUCGAUAGAAAUGAUAAAUCACAUGGUUACCUCAUACAAUAUAAAACUUGACAAUUCUCCAGAAAAUCAUGAAUACGCAUUGAAACUCAUCUUCUCAUUGAUAGCUGGUGAUGCCAAGAGUUGGACUCAGUUAUUAAAGCCACAAGAAAUCUUCUUAACGGAAAUUGUCAGCAACAAAUUUUGCAACGUAGACGUUGAUAAAUGUGAUUAUUUAUUGCGUGACACUCAUUAUGUCAGAUCAAUGGUAGAGGUCAAGCCGUUUAUCGAAUUUCUAACACGUGCUAAAAUUGUUUAUGAUGACGAUGGGACAUCACACAUUGGAUAUCAUGAAAAUGACUUUCAUCUCAUUGAAAAUAUGUUUUUCAAUCGCGCUUACUUUCACAAUAAUAUUUAUCAACAUUACAAAGUAGUUGGCGUUGAGAAAAUGGUUAGAGAUAUUCUUGUGAAAUGCGAUGCUGGUGGUUUUAUGUUAUCUGAUCAUCGGUUGAGUGAAGUCCAGUCCGAUCCUUCCAAGUACUUGAGUCUCGAUGAUUCAGUUUUGGAACAGAUUAAAGACAGCAAUCUCGAUAAUCAGCUUAUGAACGAUGGAAAAAAGAUUUACGAAAAUCUUACUAAAGGAAAGCUUUAUACUAUGGUUUGGGAAAACUUGGACGAAGAUAAAACAAUCUUCAAAGCUUUGAUUGAUAAAUUCGGUACCAUUUUCUGUGAAGUUCGAAAACUUAUUCCAUCAGCUGAAGUUCCCUUGAACAUUCCGCUUUAUAAUGAUCAAGGAACAAGAACAAGUAAGAAAAGCAACUUAAAAUUAAGUUUCAAAUCAACGCUCAUUUACUGUGUUGAUGCAGAUGACGUUACUGUUAAUAACGUUAAAAACUUUUUAAACUCAUUAAACAACAAUAUGUGAAAAAAAAACUUAAAAUCAAAAACAAAAAACAAGCCAAGGGAUAAUUAGACUAAUAAGAUUUUUAAUUAAUUUUGUGAUUCCUGCUGACAUCACACUAAAUAUUAAAACAGCUUGAAAUAAUAUUUAGUUGCAGUAUUAGAAAGAAGACAAAACAUACCUCUGAAACUUUUGCUAAAUUCAUGGAAAAAAAUCCCAAAAAAUCCCUUGAAAAUAUAAAUACCUAAGAUUAAAAGAAAUCUAAUGAGACUCGUAAAUAUAAUAAAACAAAAAGAUUUUAUUUAUUUUUUAAAAGAGAAGACGAAUAUCUGCAUGUAUUCGUUUCAUAUGAAAAGAUAAAAAUAAAGAUCAAGUAGAAGAAAAUGAAACUUUGUUGAUGUUAUUUAUUUGGAUACACGUUUUCAUUUUAAAAAUAAAAUUUCAUUCAACAAAC